AUGAAGGCUCAACAAAAAAGAAAUAUAAAAAAUAUAAAUACAAAUAAUAAAGAUGAUAAAAAUAUAAUAAAUUUUGAAAAAAAAACGCAUUCAAAUAGUUCUGAAAAUAACGAUACACGUCAUAAUAAACCUUCUAGAAUAGGAGGAAGUAAUGAAUUAUUAAAUAAAAAAAAUUUUGAAAAAGAUUAUAAAAUAGAUGAAAAUAUGAAAAGUAAAUCGGGAAGUGAAAUUAAUACUAAAUCAAAAAUGAAUAAUAUGAAAAAUACCGAAAAAAAACAAAAUUCAAGAAACAUUACUGAUUCAAAUAUACGAGAUAAUAUAAAAAUAAAUAAGAAUGAAAAAGAGAAUAUUGAUAAAUCUAAUAGUAAUGAUUUGAAAAAAAAUAAAAAAGUAUUAAAUAAUAAAAUAAAAAAUCUUAGGCAUAGUUAUAGCAAUAAUAGUAGUAAUAUAACUAAAAAAAGUGAUAAUUUAAAUAAAAAAGACAAAGAUACAAUCUCAAUAGGUUCCGAUAAUGACAUGAACGAAUACUCAGAGGCAAUCACAACAGGGAAUAACUUAAAAAGAAGUAAUAGUUUAAUAAAAAAUGUGAAAAAAAAAAAUAAUAAUUUUUCAAAUAGUUUGAAUAAUAAAAAUUUAUCAAAAGAUGGAUUAGAUGACAUUGUUAGUGAAGAAGAUAGUGAUGAAGAUUUUAAAAAUUUGAAAAAUAAAAAUAAUAAAAAUAUGAAUGGUAAAAAUACGAAUGAUAAAAAUGUAAAUGAUAGUGAUGAUAAUAAUUCAAAUGAAUCUAUGUCAUAUAAUUUGAAAAAAAAAAAUAGAUUAAGUAGUUAUGAUAGUGAAACAUUGAAAAAGCAAUCUAAAAAAAAUAAAGAUUUAUCUGAAAGUUCUAAUAAAAAAGAAGGAAUUAAAAAGGGUCUUUUAAAUAAUAAAAAAAAUGCAAAAGGAAAAAAUGAAAACGAUUAUUCAACUUCUGAAGAUGAUACAAAUAAAAAAAAUAAAAAUAAGAAAAGUGGAAAUAUGAAAAAUAAAGGGAAAACGAUUAUAGAAAAUGAAAAUGAAGAAGAAGAAGAAGAAGAAGAAGAAGAUGAUGAAGAGGAGGAAGAAGAGGAUGAGGGAUAUAAACGAAAUAGAUUAAGGAAAUCUAACAGUAUAAAAAAUAUAAAAAAUGGAAUAAGUCGAAAUAGUAAAUUUAUAAAAAAAAAAAAUAAUAUAAAACCAAAUAAAGAAAAAUGUGUGCCUAAUAAUAAAUCUGGAAAAAGCCAAAUAAAAAAUGUAAAAAAUGAGGAAGAAUAUUCAUAUUUUGAUGAAUAUAUAUAUUCUAAUAAAGAAAGAAAAGCAAUUUUAGAAGAAAAAGAAAGAAAAAGACAAAUAAAAGAAGGAUAUAUAAAAAAAAUGAAAUUAAAUAAAUAUGCAGAUGAUGAAUCAAUAGAAUUUAUUAAUAAUCCUAAUUAUAUUAUGAUAUUAUUAUUUUUAACUAUAUAUAAAAAUAUUAUAAAAAUUGAAUGGAAUUUUAAAGAUAUUGAUGAAAUGUUUCAAAAUAAAGAAAAUACUGAAUUUGGAAGAAAUUUGAUUUUGAAAUUAUUUUUUUUUUUGGGUAGAUAUUUUAAUUCUAAAUCAGUUUUUAUGUAUAAAUAUAUAUCGAGAAUAUUUCAAGAUAAACAAAAUGCUUUAGUGAAAGUUGUUAAUUUUAAUGAAUUAUUUCCAAUAUUAAAUGAAAAUCAAAAUUAUAAAAAUAGUUCAGGAGGUAAUUCAAAAAAGAGAAAAGAUAAAAGAGGAAAAAAAAAUAAAAAUUUGAUCAAAACAGAUGAAAUAUUUGACGAACUUGCAGAAAAUGAGGAUCAUAUUGAUGAGGCCAACGAAUUUGAUGAAGAUGUCCUUACACAUGAAGAGGAAUUUGAAGAAUCAGAAAAUGAUGUAGAAAAUGAUAAAACUUUCUCAGAAAUCGAAAAAGAUAAUAAUGUUGUUAAAGAUGAAAACCAACUUAAUAAGAAAGAAGAUGAUGUAAAUUGCAAAGGUUUAUUCAAUUUAGAACAAAAUAUAAAGAAUGAACUUUCGAAUAAUGUUGAAUCGAAAGCUGAAAUAGUAACAGAACAUAUGAUAAAGGACGAAGAAAAAUGUGGAGAAGAAAAAGACGAAAUUAAGGAUGAAACAGGAUUAAGCAAAAAGUUAUUUUUAGAAUGGAGUGAUUUAAAUACAAUAUCAAAAUUAAGAAUAAUUAGAAUGCUAUUAAAUUUAGUUCUUUGUGAAAGUAACAAUUUAAAAAAAAUGGUAUUAUCUGAAAAUAUCGAUUUUAAUAAUGGGUAUUUAGGAAAAAUUAAUACUGAUAAAUAUUGGUUUAUUUUUAAUGAUACAAUUGAUAUUGAAUUUAAAUUAUAUGUUGAAAAAGAAGAACAAGGUAUUUUUGAAUUUGUAUGUGAUAAUGAUGAUGUUUUAUAUACAUUAGGGUAUAAUAUGUUAAAACAUGCAAAUACAAAACCAAUGGGGGAUAUAAUAAUAGAAAAAUAUAAUAAAAUUUGUCGAGAAAAAAGAAAUCGAAAUCGAAUAUUGAAACAACAAAAGAAAUUAUAUGAUGAUUUAAAUAAUGAACAAUUAUUAUAUGCUUCUAAAAAAAGACAACAUAAACAAGUAGAGCAUUUUAGUUUUGAUAAUGAUAAAAUGCGAAAAAAAAAAAAUGAAAAUAUGAUUUCAAAUCCUUAUUCUUUACAAAAAAAUUCAUAUCAAAAAAAUGAUAGAUCUCACAGAUUAGCGACUAGAAAUGCACAAAAAGAAAAUAUAGAAGAUUUUGAAAAUUGGAAAAAUGGAGAAAAUACAAAUAUUAGUAAUGUUUUAGAAAUGGGUGAAAAUGAUAUGAAUGAUGAAAAAUUUGUAGAAUUAAAUAAUAUGAUUGAUAAUAAUGAUAAUAAUAAUCAGAAUGGAAACAUGAAUAAUAUUAACAAUCCGAAUGUAGAUGUAGUUGUAAAAGUGCCAUUAAAAAGAGGAAGAAAAAAAAAAUCGGAAAAAAAAAAACGUGGUAGAAAAAAAAAAAUAGUAAUUGAAGAAGGUAUGGAUCCAAAUAAUCCUUUAAAAAAUGAAAUAAAAAAAAUAAUAAAAGUAAAAAGAGCUCCAUAUACAAAAAGAGCUAUCAAACCAGUUGUUUCAAUAAAAUAUGGAACCCGUAGUAAUUCUUUAACAAAAUAUGAAACUGAACAAAUGCAAUUUAGUAUGUUUGAUAUGAAUAAUCAUCAUGCUUUACAAAAUGAUGAAUUUUAUAAAAAUAAUAAUAUAAAUAAUAGUAAAUUUUUUAAUCCUAACAUUCAUUUAAAUAAUUUUUAUAAUCCGAAUAUAUCAGGUCCAUAUAACAUGCAUAAUAACAUAAUUAAUAUGCGAAAUCAAAAAACAAAUACUCCAAAUAAUUAUAACUUUCCUUAUAUAUACAAUCCUCCUAUAUAUAAUCAAUAUUAUAUGUAUAACGGAUCGAUGUAUAUGUAUAAUGCUGGAAUGAAUAGUAAUUCAAUUAAUAAUCCGAAUGGUUUAAAAGAUGAAAAGAAUGAAAGCGGAUAUACAAAUGAUACAACAAUUGGAAUAAAUAUUCGAAAUGGAAUUAUGCCAACGGGAUUGAAUAGUGGAAUGAAUGGAAUUGGAAAUAGUAAUAAAAAUGGGAAAGUUAAUAACAUUAAUGAAAAUACAAAUGAUCUGGGUAAUAUUACAAAUUCCGGUAUGAAAAUAAAUGGACUGAUUCAAAAUGGAAGUGAAUUGAGUGGUAUCCAAAAUAUGGGAAAUAUGAAUAGAGGAAAUAAUGAUAAUAAUAGUAAUAAUAUAGAUUCAAAUAAUAAUAAUAAUAAUAAUAAUAAUAAAAAUAAUGAAAAUGAAAAUAAUAUAAAUUAUAACGAUUCAAUUAAUAAAUAUAAUUCUUUUAUGCCAAACAGAAAUAAUAAUCCAGUAAAUAAUAUAAAUGAUCAUCAUAUAUAUAACACUAUGUACAAUUUAAAAUUGCCAUAUGUAAAUAAUGAUAUAAUGAAUUAUAAUUACAAUUUGGCUAAUUACCAAAAUUUUAAUUAUGAUAAAAUGAAUAAGAAUAUGUUUAAAAGAUAUCCUAAUUUUAUUCCAAAUAAUUUCCCUCAAUAUAAUAAUAUGAAUAUGUAUCCAGGAUUUAAUUCGUAUACCAUGAAUUACCAAUCAGGGCAAGGAUCUCAGAUUUUGAAAAACAAUUUUACUAAUGAAACGAGUGAGUUUGUAGAAAUGAAUGAAAAUAAUUUAAAUACUACUACUACUAAUAAUAAUAAUAGUAAUAAUGAUAGUGGUAAUAAUGAUAAUAAUAAUAAUGAUAUAGUAAAUGGAUUAGAAAAUAUUUCUAAAAUAAAUGAGAGUAGUAAUUUAAAUAGAAUUGGAAAUACGACUAAUUCUGUAAAUGUCGGAACAAUACCCGAUAUUAAUAAUAAAGAAAACGAUUUAAAAAAUGUUAGUAAUGAACUUAUGAACAAUGAUGAUAAAUUAUGUGGUGAUUUACAAACUAUUUUGAAUAGAAAUGAAAGUUCCAAUAAAUGUGAUUAUGCAUUAAAUAAAAAUAAACUAAAUAAUGAAAAUGGUAAAAUAGGAGAUCAAAACAUUAUUAUUAGUAACGAUCUAGUAAACAAUGAAAUCGGUUUGUCAAUGGAAAACGGUUCCAAAAAUGUUGAUGGAAAUGAAAUUUAG